AUGCAGUCAGUCUCAGUCCAAUUCAGCCCCGUUAAGGAUGGCCGCCGUAUUCUCGGCGAGAAGGACUCCAACGCGUGUCUGUCCCCCGCCCACCACGGCAAACAAUCCCUCUCGGUUACCAGCACACCCGUCAAACGGACCCUAUUCACGACUAUCUCGCCCAAGAAACUCCUCCCUUCUCCCAUUUUUGCAGGCCAAAAGCGAACGAUAGACCAAGUGGAAGAGGUUGAUGUAAACGACGCACCCGUGCAAGCCCCGCGCGAGCUUCGCGUGGAGAGCCCACCAUGCACCGUGGAACAUGAGAGCCAACAGCUGAGCCCAGAAUCGGACGCGAUGGAAAUCCCCCUCCCAGCUCCAUCAUCACAACCCACACGCGACCAACCCCAAGAAAUGGAUACCACCAGAUCCCGCAGCGCGUCACGAGCCUCAGACUCAGAUACAAGAUCAAUCCCCGACGAUCCUGACGCGCGAAAGGUAUUCAUCCAAGAAAAAGCAGCUCUCCUCCGAAACAAACUCCAAACCGCCAUGCGCAACGUCCCAGACCACCAAAUUGACCGACGCGUCUCGGAACUGGAAGCACACAGUCGCAAAGUGCCCCGACUCUCCUUCUCCGCCCUCUCUUCUUCCCCGGUCACCUCAUUCCGCCACACCUUCACGCCUUCUCAGCUCAAGACGCCGCGAAUUGGCUCGACGGAAAACAUGAGCUCUACCCCUUACCAACAAACACCCGACCUCCCCCGACAACCCUCUUCAAUCAUUCAGAGCACGAAUUAUGCGAAGCGUUGUCAACGGACUCCACCCCGCACCCUGGGAUCGCCGAUGCAACUAAGUAGUCCGCCCGCUACGGUGGUCCGCUAUAGUCGGAGUCGGGAUAUCACGGAUGGGGUAGACGUUGAGGAAGCACAUGUAUCGCACGAUGCUCUCUCGCCCUCGCAGAGAGGUGACGCGGUAGAUGGGUUGCUCAAGCUUAUGAGCACGUCGGAUAGGCAUGAUAACACCGAGGUAUGGAGUGGGUAA